GAAGGGAAAUGUUUCUAAAAGUACAGCUGCCCUGGAAUGUUGUGAUCCCUGCUGAAAAUCUCGAUGCUAAAGGAUUAAUGCUUCAAAAGGCAAUUGUUAUCCGCUUGAUGGAUGAGUUUGCCACUAAGAAGGCAACUAAAGAUCUUGGAUAUUUCCUUGCAGUCACGACUCUAGAUAAGGUAGGAGAGGGGAAAGUGAGGCAGAAUACAGGGGAUGUGAUGUUUCCAGUUGUUUUCAGUGGCAUCACCUUCAAGCUUUACAGGGGAGAGAUCCUGGAAGGGGUUGUUCACAAGGUGUUCAAGCAUGGAGUUCUCUUGCGAUGUGGUCCUGUUGAGAAUAUCUGCCGGAUUAUCAACAUAUGCUUGAGGAGAAUUAAUGCUUUCUUCUUGAACGACAUGCCGUCCAAGAUUGAAAAGGAUGUGGUGGUUCGUUUUAUUGUCAUUGGGACUAAGUGGCUUGAAGCAGAUAGGGAGUUUCAGGCAUUGGUCAGUUUGGAUGGUGAUUAUCUUGGACUAAUUGCUUAG